GGUUGACAGGUUUCUCACUGCAGAGGCAGAUUCACUCCUUGUUACACCAUAUCACAGCAGUUAUGGUUUCAGGUGUGUUGUUCAGUCUUGUGUGUGCUUUCUGUGUGAUCCUGAUCCCGGCUGUAUGGGCGGAUGAUUGUAGCAGCUAUGUGGACUCCGAUGGUAACCAACAUAAUACUCAGCAGUGUGGCAUCCAGUACUGCUGUGGAAACUGUCAAAAACAAUACUGCUGCAGUGACAAGACAAACCGUUUCAGACGAUCAAAACAAAAACUCUGUGAAGGAAGCCUUGCAAAACGUUCCAACCCUAUUCCAAUUAUUGGAAUCAUCUUAGCGUCUGUUAUUCCUAUUAUCAUCUGUGUGGUGGUUGUCAUCGUCUGCUGUGUGGUUCCUUGCUGCUUCUUCUACAAGAAAUGCAGAAAAGGACGCAACCAAAGGCCCCGAACUGCAAGAAACACCCCCACUGUUGUCAACGUGCCGCAGCAGCCACACCCCCCUCCUGGAUAUCAUCCGUCCUACCCCGGCUACCUUUUUGUAUCUGCUCAGCCUGGAUAUGGAGGCGUGCCCCUCCCUUCAGCACCGCCUUCAUACUUGGAAGCCACUGAUCCAGCUUGCCCUUCAUCUGCAUACACUCCCGGGCUGCCUAUGACUUCCUACCCCGGCCAGCCCUAUGCCCCGCCUCCACAUUCAGAUGAAUUUGCACCGUUGCCCUACAACCCCUCUUAUGGCCCAGACCCAUAAACUGGAGAGAUUAUUUGACCAAACCGCUUCAUGUCUAAGAACAACGUUUCGCCACUGUUUUCACAGGAAAGUGAAAUGUGUGGAUCAGUGGAAAUCCCCUUUACAUGAUUCCAAAUUGAACUAUAUCUUGGGAAAUACACAAUUUACAAUAUCAUUUUGUCAAACAUUUGCCAUAUCUUGCUGCUGCUGCUUUUUAUGGGUAAAUUUGUUUGAAAUAUAGAUUGUGUAAUGGACAUUUAAAUGUGUGCUGUUUACCAAAACACACACAUUUCAAGUUAGGAGACAGAGAAAUAAAGAAAAAACCUACAAAAACCUUAAGCAUGGGUACUGUUAAGGCUUUAUUUAUUCUGUGGAUUAUGUAUGUAUUAACAAUUCAGAUUUAAUCAUAUUUUCCUAAAAUAUAUUACUUAAAUUAGUUUGUUGAUAAUCAACUUAGGAGUUUUAAGAUUGUCCUUGUAUAAGAACUGUAGUGUCAUAGGAAUUGCUGAAGUUAUCAUGAAACUACAUUAAAAAUGCUUAUUUUUGUAUGUCCUCUACCUGCCACUAGAGGUCGCCUCUAACCAGUUUUAUUUUGUAAAGAAAACAGAAACCGUGUAAUACGGUAUGCUGCAUGUUGGAUAUACCAGGUCUUGUUAUCAAGCAUAUUGUUUCACAUGCAAGACAAUUAACCUAUGACUUUUUUUUGUCUCAUUAUGAUUAUGCGUACCAUAGGGGCUGGAUUUUCAACCACAACAGAUGUUAUGUCGUCCUGUUUCUUUUUAGGGAUGAUUGUAGAAUGUACCACAGCACUGAAGUCAGAUUGUGUUGGGUCACACCAGUUGAAUAUUUUGUAUGAAUUGUUUUUAUGAACACAUUUGAAAUUAUGUACAAGAUCGACUGAAAUAAUUAAUCACUUAGUCAAUUAAAUGACAGAAACUGGAUAAGCAGAUAUUUAGUAAAUCAUUAAAUACAAAAUAUAU